UCCGUGAAGAAUUGGAGUAUAUCUUUUCAAAUUGCUCUUGCUUGGUUUCCAAGUUCUUCAAACAGCGGAUAUCAUUCCAGGUUUCCCUCCUUUUCCACUUGGUCACUCAUCUUCUCCUUCGCCAAUAGACAUGUUCCGCUUCCCCUCCGUCCUUCUCUCCCGCCGCCUCCACCGCCGCGAACUAUCCUCCUCCACCACCUCUCACCCGCCCUCCCUCCCUCUCUCCCACCCCAUCUACCUCAUAUGGGGCUCCAACACCGGCGUCGGCAAAACCCUAGUCUCCGCCGGUAUCGCCGCCGCCUUCCUCCUCUCCUCCCCCACCCCCUCCCAAUUCCACUACCUCAAGCCCCUCCAAACCGGCUUCCCCUCCGACUCCGACUCCCGCUUCGUCUUCAACAAGCUCCGCCAACUCUCCCUCAUCCGCAACCCCCACAUUCCCCUCUCCGCCUCCCACCGCGUCAUCAACUUGUCCCCUGCCGUGACGGCGUCAAAUCCGUUGGCCGGCGAGGAAGGAGUUGGGCCCCCUCCGGAGCUGCUCUGCAAGACGCUGUACGCGUGGGAGGAGGCCGUGUCGCCGCACUUGGCAGCGGAGAGGGAGGGUUUGGUCGUGAAGGACUCGGUGGUGCUGGAAACUCUUGGUGAGUGUCUCGAAGACGUGGCGGAAUGCGGGGCCGGUAAGGAGAGAUCGGAGGUUCUGUGUGUGGUGGAGACUGCUGGUGGAGUUGCCAGUCCAGGACCUUCUGGCUCGCUUCAAUGUGACUUGUAUAGGCCAUUCCGUAUUCCUGCAGUUCUUGUUGGGGAUGGGAGGCUAGGAGGCAUUUCUGGAACAAUAUCAGCUUAUGAGAGCUUGAAGCUGCGAGGUUAUGAUGUUGUCGCUGUUGUUUUUGAGGAUCACGGUCUUCUAAAUGAGGGUCCACUGAUGUCUUAUAUGCGAAACAAGGUCCCUGUUCUAGUGCUACCACCUAUUCCAAAAGAUCCAUUGAAUGACCUAAUGGAAUGGUUUGAAAGUUCUCAUUAUAUAUUUAGUAAUCUAAAGGAAAUAAUGCUAUCAGCUUAUUUUGAGAGAAUUAAAAAGUUGCAUGACAUGCCAAGAGAAGCAAGGGAUAUCAUCUGGUGGCCUUUCACUCAACACAAACUUGUUCCUGACGGUGGGGUCACUGUAAUUGAUUCACGCUGUGGUGAGAACUUUUCUAUCUUCAAGGUUCAGAAGACAGAAGUCAUAGCACCACAAUUUGAUGCAUGUGCUAGCUGGUGGACUCAAGGACCCGAUGCUAUAAUGCAGACUGAACUUGCUAGGGAGAUGGGAUAUGCUGCUGCAAGAUUUGGGCAUGUAAUGUUCCCUGAGAAUGUUCAUGAGCCAGCCUUGAAUUGUGCUGAGCUUUUGCUUCAAGGUGUGGGUAAAGGCUGGGCUUCUCGGACAUAUUUUUCGGACAAUGGAUCUACAGCAAUUGAAAUUGCUCUCAAGAUGGCGUUUCGUAAAUUUUCUGUUGAUCAUGGACUUAUUGUGCAUUGUCAUGAGGAUACCACAAAUGAAAGAUCCACUGAGCUUAUGGUCCUUGCACUUCAGAGAUCUUACCAUGGUGACACAUUGGGUGCUAUGGAAGCACAGGCACCGUCUUCUUAUACAGGCUUCUUGCAGCAACCAUGGUACACUGGGAGAGGUCUUUUUCUGGAUCCUCCUUCUGUCUUUAUGCACAACAGUACAUGGAAUGUUUCCAUACCUGAAGGGUAUCAUUUGGAAAGUCUGAAAGGGAAAAGUAUCACCUUUGCCUCACCUGAUGAAAUAUUUCACAAGGGCAGAGAUAAGUCUGAGCUUGCUACAGUUUAUUCAUCUUACAUAUCAAAAGUAUUAUCUGGAUUUAGAGGGUCAAAUAAUGUUGGAGCAUUAAUUAUGGAACCAGUUAUCCAAGGUGCUGGUGGAAUGCAUAUGGUUGAUCCACUUUUUCAGCGUGUGCUUGUUAAUGAGUGUCGGAGUAGAAAAAUUCCAGUAAUCUUUGAUGAGGUUUUUACUGGCUUUUGGCGUUUGGGAGUAGAGACUGCAGUGGAGCUAAUCCAUUGUGUACCAGAUAUAGCUUGCUUUGGGAAGCUGUUGACUGGCGGAAUUAUACCAUUGGCAGUCACCUUGGCAACAAAUGCUGUUUUUGAUUCAUUUAUUGGAGACUCAAAGCUCAAAGCCCUUUUGCAUGGACAUUCUUACUCUGCACAUGCUAUGGGCUGCGCUGCUGCUGUUAAAUCAAUCCAAUGGUUUAAAGAUCCUUGUUCCAACCCUAACAUCACUUCUGAAGGAAGAUUACUUAGGGAGUUAUGGGAUGAUAAAAUGGUUCACCGGAUUUCAUCACACCCUGCAAUUCAAAGAGUAGUUGCUUUGGGAACUUUGUGUGCCUUGGAAUUAAAAGCAGAAGGCAAUAAUGCCGGGUAUGGAUCGUUGUAUGCAAGACCACUUCUUGAGAAGCUUAGGGAAGAUGGUGUAUACAUGAGGCCUCUGGGUAAUGUCAUUUAUCUGUUGUGUGGACCCUGCACAUCUCCAGAAGUUUGCAAUCAACUACUCGUCAAACUUCUUAGGCGGCUUGAAGAAUUUGACGUAUGUAAGAAUUGAAGUGGAUAAGUCUAAUAUUCCUGCUAUGGAUUUUGGCUAAGUUUAUUGCUACUAUUAUUUUUUGUGGGGGAGGAGGAAGGGGCAUGAAUUGUAAAUCCAAGGGUUGCAAUUAGCUUGGUUUUUUUUCAAUUCAGUUAAUGUAUUUUAUUUAUAAAUAAAAAAUGUAUCUUAUUUCAAUUCCCACCCUCCCCCCAUUUUUAAGAUGUUAUUAAUAAAAAUGUUAAAGUAUUUAAUCA